AUGGAGGUGGCGGCCACCGUGGCGCACAACAUGCACGUCGUUGCUGCUGCCGUCGCCCGCGGCGACGACGACGUCGGCGCCAUCGAGCAGCUCCUAUUCGAGAACAUUUCCCUUCUCGAGACCCUCGAGACGAUCCGAGACCCAGGAAGCACGGUCCGGCGGCUGCACGACGCGUACGUGGUUCUUGCAUGCACCAUGCGCUCGUUGCCACAGAUGCCGCGUGCGCUGGUUGCGAUGGCCGAGCGCGGUGCGUCCUUGCUGGCUAGCUCUGCAUCAACACCAACGAUCAGUCCGGUGCGGGCCAACCCCCAGGACGAGGAAAGCAGUAGCCAAGUCGCUCCGUCGCCAUCGCUCCGACUAGAGCUGGACCCACCGGUCGUACUGGCACAUCUCGACGCCAACCUGAGCCGACAGCAGUCGUUCACGCUCCGCAACCCGUCGAACAAAGUAGCGCUGACCUUCAAGCUGCGCACGCCCAAGGCGCUUUGGCGACAAAUCAUCGUGACGCCCAACACGGGGCGACUCGGGCCGCACGAGUCGAUCGCGAUUGUCAUCGAGCUCGCCGACGACGAAGUCGAAUGGCUCACGUUUCGCUGCAGCGAGUAUACAACGACAAAGACGUGGACGCAUAAGCUCUUGGUCGAGUCGCGAGCAGAGGACGACGGCGACGGGGUGUCGUGUGCCAAGCAAGUCGGCCGCUUCAAUAUCAAGGCCACGCACCUCGGGCGGCUUUUGCCGCGGGCGCCGGCGCCGCGCCGCCUGUACCUGGCUUCGCCCCGGCUCGACUUUGCCUUUUGCACGGACGAAGAGACGCUGCAGUUCCAUGCCUUUGGCAACACGUGUCUCUUUGACGUGCGCAACACGAGCAAAAGCGCGGCACUCGCCGUGAAAUUCAAGACACUCUGUCCAAACCGGUACUCGAUUGCGCCGCCGUUUCUCGUCUUGCCGCCCAGUAGCGCCCGCACGAUCACGAUCGCGCUCACUCGAAGUACGCGCAACCGCUUGUACGUCUACGAGAAGAGCCAUCUCCAACUGCGCGACUGCCUCCGUGUUGAGAGCACGCUUGUGCCGUAUUAUGCGACGGUCGCGGCCGAGAAGUCGCGUUCUCCGAACGAGCUCGCCACUGUCCUCAACCUCGCGUGGCGCCACGUCCGCAAAGACGCCCUCCACAUUGAGUACAUUCCUUGCGCGUUUCGGUUUGCAAUCGUAUCGCCGCAAGCGUCUACGGGCGCCGGUUCAAGUCCACGACCACAGCCUUGUGCGGCCUGAACCAAAACAAACAAAAUACAUAGAAAAUGCAGUGUCCUUGUCGUCGCA